AUGGUGAAAGUUGGCAUCAAUGGUUUCGGUCGUAUUGGUCGGCUUGUUUUAAGAGCGACCUUCCAAAGCGGAAUGGAAGACAUCGAUGUGGUGGCUGUCAAUGAUCCUUUCCUUGACCUCAAUUAUAUGUUGUAUCUAUUUAAAUACGAUUCUACACACGGAAGGUUUAAAGGCGGAAUCAAAGUUGAGAAUGGUAAACUUGUGAUAGGUAGACAUACCAUCACCGUUUUCAACGAAAAAAAUCCCGCGGAAAUUCAAUGGGGUAGCCUUGGUGUUGAAUAUGUGAUAGAGUCGACUGGUGUGUUCACAACGAAAGAAAAAGCAUCAGCUCACCUAAAGGGAGGCGCCAAGAAGGUUAUUAUCACCGCACCAAGUGCCGAUGCACCGAUGUUUGUAUGUGGUGUCAAUCUUGACAAAUAUGAUCCUAAAUAUACGGUCAUUUCCAAUGCAUCAUGCACAACCAAUUGUCUUGCCCCGCUAGCUAAAAUUAUUAAUGACAAUUUUGGCAUCGAGGAAGGUCUUAUGACAACCGUCCAUGCCACCACUGCUACGCAGAAGACAGUCGAUGGUCCCUCUGGCAAAGAUUGGAGAGGGGGCAGAGGUGCAGGUCAGAACAUUAUUCCAAGUAGUACUGGCGCCGCCAAAGCCGUCGGCAAAGUUAUCCCAGAACUUAAUGGAAAAUUGACCGGCAUGGCCUUCAGAAUUCCGACACCCGAUGUAUCCGUUGUUGAUCUCACUGUUCGAACAAAACAAAGUGCCAGUUACGAUACUAUUAAAACUGCUGUUAAGGCAGCUGCAGCAGAUCCGAGAUACAUGGGAAUAGUUUCAUAUACGGAAGACGACGUUGUCUCAGCAGACUUUAUCGGUGACACUCAUUCAUGCAUCUUCGAUGCUAAAGCUGGUAUUGGUUUAAACGAUCAUUUUGUCAAACUUGUUGCGUGGUAUGACAACGAAUUUGGUUACUCGACUCGUGUGCUCGACUUACUUAA